AGAAAACAGAAUUAGUGCACCGAGAAAAUACAGAGAAGAGUAAAGGCUAUAACAAACAUUUGGCAGGUGUUAGGGAGCACUAAGACAUUUAUGUUCAAAAAGCAACAAAAAAUACACCAUAUACUUCCAUCCCUCGUGAGAAACGUCGAACACCUGCGCUUCAGAGCCACUUGCGUCGUGACGACACGGCCGUACGUCCUAUAGACGCACGUCGGUUUCCUGAACAUACUGUUUAUACACAAAAAAACAGUCUUUAUACGCGACGUACUUAAGACACGUCUAAUGACGUAGGUACGUCAGUCGGCACGCCCGUACGUACGUCCGUGCGUGUCCUAGACACGCCCCCUGGAAACAACCCAGUUCUGUGGCAGUGCGCUCCCUAGCUUCUAGCUUCUUGCCACAACAGUGCCUCCGAUUCACAAGGCGUCCGUAGCCCGGCCGCGGCUACAGCAGCGCGCAGUCGCGCCACCUGUUCGGACGCCAUCGCAGGCCUUUCGGAAGCUCGCGCUGGUUUUUUAUUGUGUCGGAUCUCCCGUUUCCCGGGUGGGGCAUGAGAAGCCCCGAGUGUCCGUGAGGACCGCCGCGCUGAAGGAUGCUGCCGCUUCCCAGGAGCGGAGGGAGCGGCGGGAGCGGCCGGACCCGGGUUCGAGCGGGAGCGCUUCUGUGUGCGCUUCUGCUUGCUGUCAGCCCCAGUGUGCCGGCAGACAAAUGUCCCCGACUGGACUGUGCCCUCGAGGGGCGGCACUUCUGCCAGCCUGGCUCCUCCCACUGCGGCCCGUGCCUCACCCCAUUGGUGGAGAAUGACCACGGGCAUUGCGUACCCACCAAGAGACACGCCCACUCAAGCAGGACCGCCACACUUCCUGAGCUAGAUGAGCAGAUUGACCUUUUGUCCUCUAUCAUUGCCAAGCAGCAGGAGGCAGAGGAGCAGUUUUCAGCAGCGAACCGCUCUCCGGCACCCGCUAAUGGACGGCCGAUCGCUCCCCCAAAUCCGGAGCGCAGCGCCAAUUCGACGAUGACGGCGCCCCCCGAGAGCAGGGGCAACGAACCCACGACAACCCCGCAUCCGGCACCGGUGCCGACGGGACGAACUGGACCUCUCAUCGUGCCCUACCCCUCGAAGGACACUCUCUUCAUCGUAAUGAUAUCUCUCUGCGUCUUCGUGGGAAUCAUAGCCCUGAUCCUGGCUGCUGUCUGCGUCAUAAGGUUGCAAAAGAGUCUGCAGCUUGCCCAGAAGGUGGAUUAUCCAGCCUUCGGCUCAACGGAUUCAAAGAUCUCUGAGAAAACGCAAGGGGAUAAGAAUCUGGCCCAAAGUGCACAGAUGUACCAUUAUCAGCAUCAGAAGCAGCAGAUGUUGUCUUUGGAGAAGCACAAAGACGAUCCCAAGAUCCCCGAGUCUGGUGCCACAUCUGAUGAAGAAAACGAGGACGGCGACUUCACGGUGUACGAGUGUCCUGGCUUGGCACCGACCGGAGAGAUGGAAGUGAAGAAUCCGCUAUUUGAUGACUGUGGUCUACAUCCCCAAAGGAAACACAAGUAGACGACACAUACGCACAUUCAUACAUACAAACAUACAUGAGACAUGCAAAGGACACUUAUUAGAUCAUUUAAACACGAGAACACAGCCAGAUUGUACAUAUAGAUUACAGGUCUCGGUAUCAGCCCACCAAUACGUGUGCUUCCAUGCACGCGCUGUUUCCUGCUUCCUCUGGAAUGCCUCUGAAAUGCCCCAUCAUGCUCUCCCAUGGGAAUGAAAAAAACGGAAAGUCAGAAGUGAGGAGGAAGGUGUAUAAAGCUCCUGAACACAGUGCUUCUGGCGAGAUGGACAUGGGUCAGCAAGGACUUUGGAGGGACCUAGACGUACAACCCCUGGUGGAAAUCCACCCUCAAGCCUUUCAUAUCCCAAAUUGUCUCGAUUGAUCAUUACCUGGUGUCUCAGAUUCUUCAUCGUCCCUUCCUCACUUCUUCAGUUCUGAAUAUAAAGGAUUAGUUUCCUUCUAUGUGUUAUUUUUUGAUUUUGAUAGAACUAUUGUGAUCUUUUCUUCUGGGACUUGAAGUGUGAUUCUCGUUUAAUGCAGCCUGCAUCCAAAGCUCUUCUGUGAUUGAAAUGCAAUGAGAACUAUGCAUUGUUUUCUUUUUCUCCCUUUACCUAUAGGUUCACACAAACACACACACAUAUAUACAUACUUAUUUAAUAGGGCAGGUACUUUCUGAACAUCCUGCCAAAAAGACCCUUUCGCUCCUUUGCCUUCCUCGAAGGAACCACACUACUGUACAGUUCUGAAUCUGGUGGGUCAGAACUAAGAUGGUUAUUAAACUGUCGUCUUCUGCCGAAAUACACGGCAGACGUGAAGCAGACUGCGGAAAGUCGUGUGAGUUCUUUGUGUCGAACUUCCCACUCCACCCAGACCCUGCCUUUCUCACUCCUCUGCACACCCUGGCAAAAAGGCAUUCUGGGAAAGCUUGAUUUGAAAAGAGGUGUUUUUCCAGCUUUAGGGACAUUCCAAUCCAUAUCUUUUAUACCUCUGAUGUUCCUGGGGCCCAAAUCUCCCAAUAGUUUAUUGAAUCAGUAGCUUUAGACAAUUAGAAAUAAAUGUAAAUGUAGCGGACUAAUACAUGAAAGGUACCAGGAUAGGAUAUUUGAAUUUAAUUUUGCAGUUUUCCCAGUUCCGCUGCAGAUUUAAACCGAUUUUGUAGCAACGCUAAGAUUCAUCCAUAAGUUUCGCUUAGGUUUAUGUUCAGCUUUUUUACGUUAAGUGUAAUAUACUGUGAGAUCACUGUUUGUGCUUUGUCUUUUUCAUUUUAUUUAAUGGGGGGAAUAUUUAGAAUUUCCUUUGAAUUAUGGUCAUCUAUGUUUCCAAACAGUUCUGAGGGUUUGAACUUAUUUGAUUUUUUUUUUGAUAUUAUAGA